AUGUUAGACCCUUUUGAUGAGGCAGUAGCUAUCGGCCAAAAAAUUUCAGAACUCAUCAGCGCAAAAGACACAAAGGUUGGUGAUCUCAUCCCACAUGGAACUCAAAUAACAUUGCCACAAGGUAUAAAUUUUAUAGUGGAAGUUUCAACACACAAAGGUACUACCGAAGUUCCAAUAAAUGAAGCCAUAAAGAAGGUUACAGGUCAAUCGUUGCCUGUGGCAUUGGCAGAACCUGAGAAAAUUAUAGAUCACAAAGAAUUUCUUGAAAAGGUAGCCAAUGGGGAUUGGGCAGGCAAAAAAUUUCCUGGUUUUCAAGUAUUUAAAGAUGACGAUGAUAAGGAUCAGUUUGGGAUUUCUUGCAAUCACUUUGACCUUCUUUUUGAGAAAGAGCAAAUGAAACUUUUCAAAAUAUGUUUUAAUGACAUACCUGAAGAUUCAGAUUGGGCACCCAAGCCUGGCGCUUCAAGAGAAUCGUCCUGGUAA